UUCCCAAGUAGACUAAUAAUUCCUCUUUUCUUUCCUAGUCUAUCGAAUUCAAGUCGGACUUCCCAUCUGCUGCUCAGGGAGCUAGUCCGAUUUGAUCUGAGGCAAGCCAGUGAGAGAGGGGUCGGGGGAAAGAUUGGAAAGGGCAAAGAUGAAAGUUGCAGGUCCAUUUGUCGCCAUGGUGAUGGCGGAAUGUGCCCAAGUUGGGCUGAUGAUUGUGAGCAAAGAGGCCAUGUCGCAAGGGAUGAGCAGCUUCAUCUUCGUCCUUUACUCCAACUCCCUCGCCUGUCUUGUCCUCCUUCCAGCCUCUUUAAUCUACCACAGAAGUAUGUUGCUUUUGGUGGAUUCUGAUGGCUUUUCUGAGUUCGAUUUGAAUUGGGGUUUCUUCAGUUUUCUGGCACAGGCUUUUGGGUAUACUGGGAUUAACCUAAGUUCUCCGACACUAGCCACGGCCAUACUAAACCUUGUCCCCGGCUUUACCUUCAUUCUUGCUGUUACUUUCAGGUUGGAGAAGCUUGAUUGGAAAGCCACUGGCAGCAUAGCUAAAGUUGUGGGAACUGUUGUAUCAAUGGCUGGGGCAUUCACAAUGACAUUUUACAAGGGUACUCACUUAGUACACUCUCCUCCCGGAUUCACUAACCGAUUGCUCUCGCAGCAGUCCGAUUGGGUCCUCGCAGGAUCAUUUCUUGGAAUGGAUUGUGUUGUGACUUCUGCCUUUGUUAUCAUACAGGCAUUGAUCCUCAAGAAAUAUCCAGCGGAGCUGAUUCUGGUAUUUUUCUACUGUUUCUUUGUUGCCAUUCUGUCCAUAAUAGUUUGUCUGGUGGCGGAACGAGACAUCACUGCUUGGACCCUGAAACCUAGCAUAAGAUGGACGGCGGUUCUCUAUUCAGGAAUUUUCGGAUCUGCCUUCCAAGUCGGCAUUGGUACAUGGUGUCUGUGCAGGACCGGGCCAGUUUUCGUUUCAAUGUUCAAACCCAUCGGGAUAGUGAUUGCUGCUGCAGUUGGUGUCAUUUGCUUCGGGGAUACUCUGUACCUCGGCAGUUUGAUUGGAGCUGCUGUGAUUGUUGUUGGGUUCUAUUUGGUGAUAUGGGGCAAAGCUCAAGAAGUAGAUGUAGAUGGAGCUAGGACUGUCAGAGGGACAUCUGAGUCAAGCAGCCAAAAGGCCCCUCUCCUGCCAAGUUAUCAGGAAGAAAACUAGAAGUUAUUUGCAGAAAACAAGAGAGGAUUCUGUUGGACCAAAGCUUGAUAUUGGAAGGCUUGACCUUCAAUUUGAAGUGUAAAGAAAAAUUAUUUUAUGUGCUUAUUAGUUAUUAUUGCUUGAACUUUCCCAAAGCUAAGCAAUUGAAAUUUCGACUGCCAUUGAAUUA